GGCACAAAGCUAUUUUUGUUUCGUAAAUAAAAUAAGACAUUUGCGAGUUCUUUUUUAUAUUUAAAAAAGGCAAAUCACUAGUGGAUGCGAGUGCAUAUCCUUGAAGUGCUUUGGUUAUACGAGUAGUGUGUGUGUGUGUAUCUAAGCGAAGUGUGUGACGUCCUACAUGAUUUGAAGGACUUUUUCAUAGUCGAAUAAGAACAAAAACAAAUAAAAACAUUAGUCCGGUUCAGUGAAUGAUUGGUGCAGCAGAAGUUGAGUGAUGAAGAUGGAAACUAGUCGCAUAUGUUACAUCGACAUUCCAUCGGGACCAGGCAGCAACCGCUCACUGUCUCCAAUGACACCGUCACCUCGUUUCGAACGCAAUCUGGGCUUCUUCCACGCCCUUAGCCGACGUUUUGGCCUGAGGUCACAUGACGACCUCAUCUAUAAUGGUGAAGACGAUUCUCGAAGCUCCUCCACCGAUUCGUGUUCCUCGACAACCGGCAACUUACCGAGUCCAGUGCCAGCCAAAGAUGUUCAUGGCUCAAAUCUAGAGCUUUCCUGUGCGUCCAGUGACUGCAGCAGUACUGUGGACGAUAGUGAGAAGACCGUUCGUUCUACCUCACGUCUCCAUCGUCGUUCGACAUCAUCGAUUCGACGAGCAUUCGAAAACAUCUCAAUCUCAUCGCGAUCCCUAUCCUGCAGUGGAACAUCAUCGAGCAAGGAGUCGUCCCAAAAGCCAACGAAGAAGGCCAUCAUCUCGAAACCACCUCAACGGAUACUCCGACAGCCUGUCACUUAUACAUAUCUCAAGGGGAUGUCAGGACUGCCCACUCAACGUGUUCCAAGAAGUGCCGUAUGCUGCCACUAUGCCCACCGGUAAGAAUAUUCAAAUAAAAGCUUAACAAAAAAUACGUUUUCUUUUUUCAUUCGAGAAAAUUUUACUCGUAAAUAUGUAUAAGAAAAAAAUAUGCUUUUUUUAAAAAACGAUAAUUUUUAUUUAUUUUUCAAACAAAGUGCACCCCGAAUUUACUUAAAAGUAGAAUAAAAAAUAAAUUUUAAUAAAUAAGUAACAUUUUUUCACUCCCAACUUAACUUUAAAAAA